UGAUAAUUUUCUUAUAAAAAUUUUCAGGUUGAUUCUAAAGUAACUACUAUAACAUCUCAUCAAUAGACUAUCAUGAUUAUAUACAGAUUUUUUUAACAUAGUUUUGUUUUGAGCCAGCCUUAACAAGCUGAUUUUACCAUCUACCCAAAACUAUUGAUAUGCAUUAAGAAGCAUUUCUGCCAGAACAGAAAAUGGAUCCUGGAGAGAACCCAGUAAUUUCUAAAAUGGGAAAUGAUUACAUUGAAGUUUUUAUGCAGGUUGGUCGCCAUGUAAUGGCACUUGUAAUGGUGUUCGGUGGAGUGGUUCCCUUCAUCCCUCAGUACAUGCAAAUCAAGAGAACUGAAUGCCAGGAGGGGUUCUCUCUCUAUGUCUGCUUAGUCCUCAUCAUUGCUAAUACUUUAAGAAUAAUAUUUUGGUUUGGACAUUGGUUUGAAAUUCCACUGCUGUUGCAGAGCAUUUUUAUGAAUGUGGCAAUGCUGUUCAUGAUUCACUGCUGUGUAACAUGCAGAAAUAAAUCACAAGUUUUACCAAAGAAAGAGAGAAUUUUUACAGAUUUUGACUUCAAAUACUUCUGGGAGUGGAGUGAUGUCCAAUCUUAUGUUGAAUUUGUGUUGACAUUUUCAACUUUAGGCUGCCUGAGCAUGUACAUGUUCUUGGACUCAUCACUCUUUGUGGAAACCAUAGGAUUUUUAGCGCUCAUGACAGAAGCGAUGUUGGCUCUACCUCAGUUUUAUAAGAAUAUAAAGAAUAGAAGCACCAGUGGAAUGAGCCGCAAGAUGGUGCUAAUGUGGCUAUCAGGAGACCUGUUCAAGACCUGCUACUUCUACAUCCGUGCAGCUCCUCUGCAAUUUUUCAUUUGUGGUGCCCUACAAGUGGUCAUAGACUUGGCCGUCAUUGCACAAUGCUUUAUAUACACAAACAAGAGCAAGGUCAUGAGCAAGUGACAACCAGCCCCUCAGGCUGUUCUAUAGAAUCAGCUCUUAUUGUUGCUUUAAUUUAGAUACUAAAAUAUUUUUUUAAUUUUACCCUAACUAUAGACUAAUUUAUUAUAUAAUGAUUCUCCAAAACAGCGUGUUUGACUUUUAUAUGUUAACAUUUAAAAUUGUUUGGAUAAAUUUCUUGGCAUCAACUGUCUGAUGUAAAAAAUGAUUCUGCUAUUUUGUAUAGCUUCUUUGUUACAAUUUUAUACAAGCUGCAUAGUUUUUUAUAACUCGACUUCCAUUCUGAUUGUAAUGUAUUUAUUUAUUAACUAUUAAUAUAAUUAAGUAAUUUUUGAACAAGGCAUUGUACAUAAGAUGAGAUGCUCAUCUCAAAGUUCUGUCUCAUUGCUGCCAGAAAUGAUGUGUGUGUGUGGUCAUUGUUGGCAGCAUUCUAGAAUGUGAAAAAUCCAAGAAUGGUCUCGAUAUUGUCUAAUUUAUUGUAUAUCUAUAUAUUAUUUAUCUACAUAUGGUAUCUAUACUUUGAAUUGCCUGGCUUAGCUUCAAUGAUGUCAUACAAACCAGAGAAUUUGUACAUAUUCACUUAAAUUUUGGGACAUUAUCUUUCUAUGUAGAUGGUUGAGGUUUUAAUUUCAUGAGGCGCUAGAGAACUCGCUGUGCUGCUAAUUGCUGUGGUUAACAAUUGAUUCACUCUGAGAAAGAUUUAUUAGCAGAAGUAUUGUGAUCAUUGUGCCACCAAUGGACAUUUUAAUUUUGGGAGCAGCGAAACUCGAAUGCAGAGAAAGAACUACUAGUCAGAUUUAGAGGAUAAGAUAUUAUGCGACAUCAGAUUUGAAUCUUUACUGCAGUACAAAGAUUAAAAACCUAAUUCAACAGAAGUUCUAACUAGCAAAAACGUGUCAGCAAGCAGACGACGUUGCACUCGUAUAAAACAUUGUGCCUUAUAACACCGUAGUCGAUAAGUAGAAGCACAAUGGCUCGCACAAUUGCAUCUCUAGAUUACAUAGAUAACAACUGUUGAAUAGUUUUCCCACGUGCAAUAUGCAGACAAAGUCCAUAAUUUGCUAUAAUUGUACUUGUUUAUAACAAAAUUUUCACGUUUUGCAUACUCAUAUGUACAAGUAUUCUUUACUCACUUAUUGCCGACUCCUCUAACAACAACAGAUAUAUUCGAGAUAGAUGCCACAGAUGUGCAUAUAAUGGUUGUGCUUAUAUAUAUAAUAUAAUAUAAAAUCAUU